AUGCGUAUAUACUUCGUGGACGUCAAUGAAAAACCUGUGAUCUGUGAGAAGCCUCCCUACGAAGUUACUGAAACAGGUUGGGGAGAGUUUGAAGUCCAAAUGCGUAUAUACUUCGUGGACGUCAAUGAAAAACCUGUGACUGUCUUUCACUACCUCCGUCUCUUUCAACCAGUCGUGAAUCUCCCUAAUGGGUCCACUCAAGUCAUUACGGAGCAUUACGAUGAGAUUGUUUUCCAAGAACCGACAAUACCUAUGUAUAAAGCGUUGAUGAUUGGAGAAGGAAAGAAACACGACAGGAAGAAGUUCCAUACUGAUUUGGUGCAAGCAUGUCGACGAUGUGUGCAGAAGGUGAACUUGGCGAACGAAGAAAUUCUCUUAGAAAUCGAGGAUCUUCGAGAGUCGCUGCGAGCUGCUCAUAAACUCAUAUUGCGUAACAAGAAGGGGAACGAUCCUGAUUCCAAUAGUUCUACCCCAGAUGUAUCGAUCUGUCAG